UGCGCGCACACAGACACGGCACAGAUUCUCUCUCCCCAGCCCUCGUUGCUCACCGAGCCCUGCAGGACUCGCUCGCUCGCUCACGAUCUCUCACACCCCUCCUCCCUCUCUCCCUCCCCCUCAUCCUUACACCGCGCGCCGCUGUUUGGUUAGAUUUAAUGAAAUAUGUCGAUGGUCCGGAUUGCCAGCUAGUCGCGCCAACACAUUAGGAGCAGCAGCAGCAACAUCAGCGGCAGAGGAGGAGGAGAAGCCACCGGUUGCUGUGCGCCAUGCAGCGAGGAGUUGGAAGGCGAGGAGGAGUAGGAGGAGGUGGAAGAGGAGGCGGCGGAGGAGGAGGAAGGACGAAUUGUGGUUUGAAGUCUGUCUGAGCGUCUGCCGUGUGUGCUCCCCUCUGUGACUCACUCCUCGUCCCAUCGUGCUCGGCGUCGCACGAAUAAAAGCCAUCGUCGGCAAGAACAUCAUCAGCAGCAGCAGCAGCAAACUUGCUCCCUUUACCUGUUGGCGUUACUCGGCAUCUGAGCAAGACACGUGGAUUGUGGUUUUUGUGGAACGAACUUUUGCCGAGACUGACUUUCGAGUUUCGAGUCGAGGUGAAGAUGGAAUUUAGAGCGGGCCUCGUGUGGCUUCUGUGCUCCCAGUGUCUGGUGCGCGCCGAACAGGCGCAGGACACGAGUUUGCCCCGCGAGCUGCUGGACAUGUUGGCUCACGCGGACAUCCGGAGCAUCGGUGACCUGCAGCGCCUCCUGGAGAUUGACUCCGUAGAGCGGCCGGGUUCAAUGCCGGCGUUGGUGCGGGCGCGCGGCGUGGAGCCCGGAGCGGCGGGGAACCGGACACGGGCUGCACGCUCCGUACGGAGCAUCGCCGAGGAGGCGACGGCGGCCGUGUGCCGCGUGCGGCCCGUCUCCCUGGAGAUCCCCAGGUCCCAGAUCGACUCGACGUCGGCCAACUUCCUGGUGUGGCCGCCCUGCGUUGAGCUGCCUCGCUGCUCGGGCUGCUGCAACACGCACAGCGUGCGGUGCCAGCCGUCGCGCACGCGCCACAAAUACGUGAAGGUGGCCAAGAUCGAGUACGUGAAGCGACGCACUCUCCUCAAGGAGGCCCUCGUCAAGCUGGAGGAGCACCUCGACUGCACGUGCGGCUGCCUUGCCGGACACGGGGACUGCCGCGACAGCGACGGUCCCAAUGAAUCUCAGCACUGCCAAGACGGCCUCUGCGGGAAAGGUGUCAGAUGAUGUUCGUUACAGCCAGCGGACCGCGCGCACUACAGCGAGAGAGGCAGCUGCCUGCCUCGCCUCCCCCCCACCACUCCUUCCUCCGUCCUCUCCGCCCCGCCCACGUGUCCUCCAUUGUGACGCCACCAGCCCCCGAACCCGACAGCUCACGCACGUGGCACGAACUGCGGCUCGGACGGUGACGAGCGACGGGGUCCGAGGGACGCACGCGGAGAAAGAGAGAGAGACGGAGAGGGACUCGCGAAGAAAUCGCCGCUGCUGCCGAACCCCCGAACCCUGGAACCCCCGAACCCUGGAACCCCUGAUCACGGACCCUGGCGAGCGAGAGGGGGAGGCCCCGGGGCGGGGGUGGGGGUAGGGGUGGGGGGAGCGACGGUGAUGCGACGGUGAUGUGCCGGUGCGGGAGAGGGAAGUGAUUGCAGAAGACGACGCCGGGAGAGAAGGCACAAUGCGAGAGGGAGGAGACGUUGCGAGGACGUUUGCCGCUGUAAGAACAGGAACGGGAAGUGGGGAGAAUGGCCGCGAGAGAGCGGAACGAAGCAUGGGAUGGCGGCAACGACAAGGGGUGGUGGGGAGGUGGGGGGUGGGGGGGAUCGGGGAGUGGGGGCAUGAGAGUGCUGGGGCGUGAAGCGCUACCGAGGGUGGGAAGAAGAGAGGAGACGGAGCGGACGAAGCGCGAGACGGGACACUUGAGCGGUGAGCAGCGAGUCCCGAGUGCUCCCGGGGUGAGUCUCGAGUACUCUGGGGCGAGAGGCGUUGGACUGGAUGGGGGGGGGACUGGAGGAGCCGAACCUUAGCCCUCCCCCACCUUCCCUGGCACGACUCUGGGCAGUUUGCGGAAUCACAACACUGGAGAGAAACGCUGAGGCUUGGGAGAGACUUGGAAGGGUUUGUGUGGUGUGGGGUGGAGGAGGGAGAGGUGAGAGCCCUCUUCGUGCCGUUGGGGUUCACGAACGCGGCAUCCGCAGAUCCCCCCCCCUGGAAACUGCUCGUAUUGGGCGAUGCAGCAGGUGGUGGGGGGGGGGGGCGAUACA